AUGACAGAUAUUUCAGACGAUUCAAAAUAUCAAGAAGGUUUAGAAGAAGAGGUUUUAGAAGAUGAAAUUGACGAUGAUUUAGAUAUUAAUGGUAGUGAAGAGUCACCAAAAAUCGAAGGACAAAAAAAGACAGGCUUUAUUAAACAAUUUGUAUCAUCAAAACAACCAUUUUAUAAAAUGUCACUACCAAUUUCAUAUAACGAGCCACGUUCAUUAUUAGAAAAAUUUACAGAUAUGGGCUUAUUUUUAGAUAUAUUUUUAAAAACACCAACCGUCGAAUCAGAGGAACAAAGAUUUUUAGAAAUUUUGAAAUUUUAUUUAUCAGGAUGGAUUCAACAAAAAGAAACUAAAAAUCCAUUUAAUCCAAUUAUUGGUGAGGUUCAUACAUGCAAAUGGGAACAUGCUGACAGCUGCACUGAAUACAUUGCAGAACAAAUUUCACAUCACCCACCAAGUUCAGCAUUUUGUUUUUAUAAUACCGAAAAAGGUGUAAUUCUUCAUUCCUAUUUAUCACCAACUUCUAAAUUUUGGGGAAAUUCAUUCGAAUCUUCCAUGGAGGGAAAAAUUGUUUUUGAGAUACCAUCAUUAGAUGAAGAAUAUAUUGUAGAAGCACCAAAAAUUGUUGUAAAAGGAGUUGUUGUUGGUAGUUUACAAACAGAAACUAUUGGUUCAACUAAUUUAGUGUGUAAAAAAACAGGUUAUUCAGCAGAGAUCGAAUUUAAAGGAAAAGGUUUAUUUAAAAAUAAAACAUCAAUGGUUGCUAAAGUUAAACACACAUCAAAUAAAAAAUCCCUUUAUUCAUUGGAGGGUAGAUGGGAUGGUACUGUCUCAAUUACUUCAACUAAAUCAAACGAUACAACUUUAUUCCUCGACAUAAAUAGUGAAGGCCAAAAACCAAUUUUACCAACAGAAGACCAACAAGAGGAUAAUUAUUCAAGAAAGGUUUGGAAACACGUAAUUUCAAAAAUGUUAGCAAACAAUGAAGACGAAGCUCAAAAUCAAAAGGCUAUGGUCGAAGAAACUCAAAGAAAUUUAGCUAAAAGUAGAGAAGCUAAACAAGAAAAAUGGGUACCUGUAAACUUUUCAAAAAACAGUCAAGAUACUUUUACUUUUAAUAAACUUUCAGAAGCAAGAAAAGAAAUUAUAUCAAAUUUAAAGAAAUAA